AUGUUCUUUCGUCGUAAUGCUGAUUUAGACAUGAGUAUUUAUCAAUGUAAAUUUGAUGGACAAUGCGAUGUAAAUGCACACAGUCGACGAAGCUGCCGAUCUUGUCGAAUGAAAAAGUGUUUAGCCAUUGGAAUGAAUAAGGAAUUCUUUCGAUCACCACAUAGCUCGAAACAUGUACGUCGGCAGCACGUCAAUGACGUCAUACAAUUGCGAAAUAAGAUUCUCAGUCGAGCAACUAUUCGACCAUUGAAUCUUCUUUCCAAUGAUCGAUCAUUAUUGAACCUCGAACAAUGGUCGCUCUUGUCCAAUGUUCUUCAUUGUUACGAUGCUCAUUGUCCGAUUUCAGAGAUUCAACGAAGUAUGGCUGUCUACUCAAUGUGUCCACCCAAACAUCGUCUGAAAGUGGCUGCUAAUAAUCUGAUGGUCACCAUAAAUUUGUUCUUCUCAUCGGUCUGGUCAUUUGUAGAAGCAGUACCUCAUUUCGCUGAGUUACCAGGGACUGAUCGUCGAAAUCUCAUUCAGCGAAAUGUUCAUCAGAUGGGAGCACUGAAUGGUGCGCACGUAUGUCAAGAAGGCAAAUUUCACGAUGAUCCCACGAAUCAAGGCGUGGCCAUUGCAGAAUAUGGUGCAUCAUUGAUAAAUUACAUGAUGAAAGCCAUUGAAUUGGGCAGUUCCGAUCGAACCGUAUCGAAAUUAUUUCUACUCGUCAUGAGCUUUUCAACUUGUUCCGACAUGGUUCAACCACUUAUUGAUGACAAUGGGCAAUGGACAGAUUAUAGUCUUCUCUCCGAUCCCAUUCAAAUAUUCAACAUUCAAAAUCUGUUUGUUGACAUUAUCUUCAAAUACAUGAUAUAUCAAUCUGGUUACACUCAUGCAUCUCUUCACUUUGCUCAUCUGAUUGUAAAUGCUCUAAAACAAGGAGAAUUUAUACAAAAAGCGCAAAUGAAUCAAAAUCAUGAUGUUAUGGUACAAACGAUCAUUCAUGGAUUCGAACAAUCUUUAAUCAUUCGUUAA